GAUAAAUCAUUAAUAUUUCAAGAAAAAUUAGGUGGCACUUCUAUUCAAAAUAGAGAUUAUUCGUUAAAAACUUAUGAUUGGUGUAAGAAACAUUCAAAUUGUCGAUGUGAUUUUUUUGAUAUAAAUCAAAGAUGUGAUAACCGUGAUUCUACUU